AAUAAUUGAUUGUUAUUUAUUUUAAUUUCAAUUAACUUAUAAUUUGUUUACAAUUUAUAUUAAUAGUAUUAUAUUAUUUUAAUUAGAUAUAUGAUUUUAGAUCAAAAUCAAAGAUGAAAGAUGUGUGGGCCGGUGAAUACUCCCCCCAAAAUAAAAACUUUCAUGUGGUCAGCUAUCCAAAAAGUCAUUCCCAUUGGAGAAAACCUACAGAGAAGGGGUGUUACACAGGAAGCCAAAUGUAUAAGAUGUGGAGAGUUGGAAUCAGAAGCUCACAUUUUCUUCAAGUGCGACUUUGCUAAAAAGGUAUGGCAGCAGUUUAAUCUUUCACCAACUGUGGACAUCGCUUCUCAGACAAGACUCAAAGCGGUGCUAGUAACCUCCAGGACAAACUGCUGCCUCCCACCUCUAGGAGUCACCACCAACAUACUUCCCUGGAUCUUCUGGUCUCUGUGGACAGCAAGGAAUACACUAAUCUUCGAGAAGAAAACCUACACAGUGGAAGACACGGCCAUAAGAGGAAUCAAGUUAGCUAGGGAAUGGAUUCAAGCUGAACCGGCUCCACACGCAUCAUCAGUAAGAGCUAGGAGAGGAAUUACCAACAGGCCACGCCUCGAGACAACCCACAGAUCCUCUACCGACAUCACAAGUUGCAAAACUGACGCGGCGUGGGAUAAGAAGACCAACACAGCCGGAAUUUCUUGGAUCAUCGAAGAUCUUCCCCGAUCCAUCGACUUGCGGGGUGUGAUGGUCCAGCAAAACGUCUCCUCUCCUCUUGUGGCUGAAGCUUUGGCGGUGAGGGAAGCUCUCCAAACGGCGUCCUCUUUGAGUGUGACACACCUUCGGAUGUACUCCGACAACCAAACCCUGAUCAGGGCCAUCAACGAAAAACUGUUCGAGAAAGAGAUCUAUGGCAUCUUGAACGAUAUCGAAGCUUUCUUUUCUCUGUUUGUCGAUUUAGUUUUCUUCUAUCUCCCUAGGGCUGAGAAUGGGCAUGCUGAUGCAUUAGCCAAAUACAUUCUCAGAAACCCAAACCAUGUAAUGGACCGGCCCAUGGGCUAAACCCUUUUCCUUUCCUUUAUUAAUGCAAAAUUUCGUUGACCAAAAAAAAGACAUAUGAUUUUAGAUAUGUUAUAUCUAGUCGGCUUUGUUGGUUUUACAGUCGUUGUAGUUAUCAUUUGGGUAUAUUAAAUUGCAUAUAUUUCUCUGAAUUCAACUAUAAUUUUUUUAUUUUAUAUAUAUUAAAAUAUUAUGAUUAAUUUUCUUAUUUGCAUUAUCUGUAAAUAUAUUUAAGGAAGUUGAUGUAUAACUUAAGAUAUAUUGUGCUUAGAAUGAAAUAUAAAAUAAACUAAAGUAUCUGAUUCCAAAUUACAUAAAUUAAUAUAACGAUAAUAUUCUACAGUCUCAUGCAUAUAUAUAAAUUUUACAGAAAAAAAACUAAAUUAACAGUUGGUUAAUAUUUUAUUUUCAUUUAUUAAUAUGUUAUGAGUCAUACUAUAAUUUACAUUUAUAAAAUAAAUUAUUAUUGUAAAAUUAUUUAUUCUUAUUGUAGUUAAAUCUAUGAUUUUAGAUAUAAGUUGGAUUAGUUGAGUCACUCAUGUUGUGAGUACAUUGAGUUAUAAUAUUCUACAGUCUCAUGCGUAUAUAUAAAUUUUACAAAAGAACUAAAUUAUAACAGUUGGUUAAUAUUUUUUAUUUUCAUUUAUUAAUAUGUUAUGAGUCAUCCUAUAAUUUACAUUAAUAAAAUAAAUUUAAUAUGUUUUUGGAACUUAAUAGGACCAUAAUCAAAAUACCAAAGCAAAUCUGAAUUCUCAUUUUUAAGAUUAUUUAAAAUAAAUUUUAAUUUCCAUUCAAUAAAUCAAAGGCAUAAAGUUAUUUAGAAUUUGAAAAAUAUUUCAAUUAUUGUAAAUAGUGAUAUUUGUUUAUGAGCUUUCAAAAAUGUAUCAACCACUUACGCAUGUAACUUCCUAUUGUUCAUCCCUUUAUUUUCUAAUAUUUUUUUAAAAAAUUAUCAACAUAUAAUUUAAUAAAUAUUAUGAAAAUACAUGCACAACGACAUAAAAAUCAUAUUAUAUAAGUAAAAUUUAAUUUAUAGAUUUUUUUUGCUGUAAUUGAAAGAUAUUAUAGUCAAAUAUAUAUAUUAAAAAUAGACAAAACAUUUCAAUUAUACUAAUUAUAAACUAUGUAUGAUACCCUUAAUAAAUUUUCUUAACCACAUUGUUAUAUAAAAAAGAAUUAUAUAUAAUAUGUUAAUAUUUUAAAAAGAAUCAUACGAAUUAACCUUUUUUCCUUAUUUACAUUUUUGAUUUUUUAUAUUUUCUGAAAUUAAAUUUUGAUAUUAUUAUAAAGCUAAGGUGAUAACUAUACAAUUUUCUACGAUACAUAGGAAUAUUAUACUUUUUGAUAAGUAUACAAUUUCCUAUUUUUAAAAAUUUCUCCUAACAAUUUUAUAUAUAUAAUUUCCUAAUCCUAAGAAAAUAUAGAUAUAAAGAAAUAUUUUAUUACUACAAAAGUAUAUUGUAUGUUAUUUAAAAAUAUUAUUUAAAUAGAUUAUUUCUAUUUUGUGAACUUCCUUUUUUAGUGAAAUCAUAUUAUAUAUAAAUAUAUUUUCGUUUUUUAAACUUUAUAAAUGUUUCCUUUUUAUUAUAUAUGGUAUUUGGAAAAUUUUGAAAAGGAAACAACAUUAAAAAUUUAAUAACAGUAUUUAAACGUAAUAUUUUUUAAUUCAUUAAGGGUAUUAGUGUAAUCAACCACCGUGAGAGUUAGCGUGACCGCGACACAUAAGAAACUGACUUCUCAAAUAAUAAUAUAGAGAUUUCAUUUAUUAAUAUGUUAUGAGUCAUCCUAUAAUUUACAUUAAUAAAAUAAAUUUAAUAUGUUUGUGGAACUUAAUAGGACUAUAAUCAAAAUACCAAAGGAAAUCUGAAUUCUCAUUUUUAAGAUUAUUUAAAAUAAAUUUUAGUUUCCAUUCAAUAAAUCAAAGGCAUAAAGUUAUUUAGAAUUUUAAAAAUAUUUCAAUUAUUGUAAAUAGUGAUAUUUGUUCAUGAGCUUUCAAAAAUGUAUCAUCUACUUACGCAUGUAACUUCCUAUUGAUCAUCCCUUAAUUUUUUAAUAUUUUUUUUAAAAAACAUCAACAUGUAAUUUGAUAAAUAUUAUAAAAAUACAUGCACAUUCGACAUAAAAAUCAUAUUAUAUAAGUAAAAUUUAAUUUAUAGUUUUUUUUGCUGUAAUUGAAAGAUAUUAUAGCCAACUAAAUAUAUAAAAAAUAGACAAAACAUUUCAAUAAUACUAAUUAUAAACUAUAUAUGAUACCCUUAAUAAAUUUUCUUAACCACGUUGUUAUAUAAAAAAGAAUUAUAUAUAAUAAGGUAAUAUUUUAAAAACAAUCAUACGAAUUGACCCUUUUUCCUUAUUUACAUUUUUUUAUUUUUAAUAUUUUCUGAAAUUAAAUUUUGAUAUUUUUAUAAAGCUAAGGUGAUAACUAUACAAUUUUCUACGAUACAUAGGAAUAUUAUACUUUUUGAUAAUUAUACAAUUUCCUAUUCUUAAAAAAUUUCUCCUAACAAUUUUAUAUAUAUAAUUUCCUAAUCCUAAGAAAAUAUAGAUAUAAAGAAAUAUUUUAUUACUUCAAAAGUAUAUUUUAUGUUAUUUAAAAAUAUUAUUUAAAUAGAAAAGGAAACAACAUUAUAAAUGUUUCCUUUUUAUUAUAUAUGUUAUUUGGAAAAUUUUGAAAAGGAAACAACAUUAAAAAUUUAAUAAUAGUAUUUAAACGUAAUAUUUUCUAAUUCAUGGGUAUUAGUGUAAUCAACUGCCGUGAGAGUUAACGUGAGCGCGACAGAUAAGAAACUAACUUCUCAAAUAAUAUUAUAGAUAUAUACAGUAUUGAAUGUUGUUUGUAUUUUCGAACUUUUAGAACAUAUAAAAUUAUUAGUAAUACACUAAGUAAUUAUUUGAAUUGUUAUUUGAAAGAAAAUGAGAUAAGAUCUAAAAUUAGGUAUAAAAUGUAUUUAUAGUAGCUUAAGACAUAAAUAGCAAAAUGGUAAAAAAUCUUGUCAAACUCUGGAUGUUGACAUUUGGAAUGCUCACAGCGUCUUGGUUGCCCGCCUCAAGGCCGCUCCAACACUUUGUCUCUGAAGGUCUUGAUGGUUUCUUAGUCGCAGCCUUUGAGACCGCUGCAACAUGUCGAGUGAGCUCACGCAUAACUUCACCAAAAAUCAUGUGGCUACCACAUACCGCUGCAAUAGGCCGCUCCAACACUUGGUAUCGUCUUCUAAAGGUUUACAUCGGGUUUGGGGCAUGGCAUUAGGCCGCUGUGAAGGCUCAAUUUCGUUUCUCGACCAAAAUCACUCUUUUUGCCUCAAAACCCUUCAAAUGCUUUAAACUCACCAACAACUAUCUCCAACACAUGAUAUAGACAUAUUCAAUGCAAUGCAACCUAAAUAUGCCUAAAUGGUGAUAUAUAUGAUCAAUAUUACACAAAAUGAUGGUUAAAAUCAUGCAAAUUCAUAAGAUAUCAGUGAUUCAAUUGUUGCAUCGCUAUCCAUUUCAUACACUUCCGUUCAAGGAGGUAACAUGUUUUGUUAUAGUUGGAUCGAGAUGAAGAGUGUAAAAGACAAGCCAAGAUUACCAUUUUAUAUACAAACGCCUUUUGACUGAUCCCUUGAGAACUUGAAUACUCUUUUCGAGUUGUAUUAUCUUUUGAUUAGCUUCUUUAUAUUCAUCAUAUUCAUUGUCAAUAAUAUUAGUCGAAUUCGAAAUCUUAGAGAUCUGCUCAUAGAAAUGUUUUCUCACCGUUUCCCUAAACCCUACUAUGUUCACGUUAAAAUUCUGAUCAGAGGUUUUAGCUCCCACAACUUUGCACUAUUUGUAAGGAUACAAUAAAAAAAAAAAAUCACUGACUCAAGAGCCCGAUCGAAGAUCAGCAAUAUCGAAAUGGAUCAUAAAACUAGUGAAUUCAACAUGAAAAUGAAAGUUAUAUGAACUUUUUAGAUGAAAGUGGAGAGAAAAUAAAGUUUUGUGAGUGUAGAAUAAGAAGAUACGAGAUAGAAAUUGAAUAAUUGAGUUUUAACUGUUCUAAAAUAGUUGUUUAUGGUGGUUGGAGAAAUGAUGAUAGUGACAUUGUUGUAAAGAAGAAUAAAUGUUAGGGUGUUUAUAGUUUUUUUUUGUAAUUUUAGAAAAGAAAAAAAAAGUAUAAUGGCAUUCUUGUAAAUAUUGAAAAUUUUAAUUAUUGUAUGGAAACAUAAUUACAAAAUAUAUAGAUUUUUUUUUUGAAAUGAUUAUUACAAAAUAUUAUUGACCAAAGGACAUAACCCGUAGCGGUCUUGGUUUCAUUUGGGUCCUGUUAGGACUUAGGAGGGGUCUCCUGCGAUCGUUUUUUGGGUUGCCUCUUGGUUGAGUUAUUCUGGACGCGAACCGCUGGGCUUUCAUGCUCUUGUUGUCUUGUCAUCUACAUUUCGUCGAGUCCACUGAAACUCAGACUUCGAUGGACCAUUCCGGUUCGAGGUGUUGACCUCGAUGUUCCCCAACCUCGAAGCAUACAUAUUGGAAGCUGGGAACUCGGGAGUUCAAAAUGCUCCUUGGCUUUGUCUUUGGGGCAUGGGGGUGCAACUUGCAGGCUUUGAUCGAUGUCUCGAUCGGUCGAGAGCCCAGUUCGAUGUGCCGUGAGUUCCCUCUCAGCUUGUUCUAGUCGAUUGACUAUAGUUCAAUGCGCGAUCUCAUGGCCCUGUGACUUAUCUUUGAGGGUGUAGAGCAUGCUUCGUAGCUUGGCCACUUCCUCGUUGAUUGACGUGCUUGCGUUCGAUUUCUCGGAUCAUACUCUGCUGUUCUUUCAUUUGAUUUGAGAGCACAAUGAUAUAAUCAUAUGCAAAUCGACAAAAAUGGACUUUUAUAAUCUUGAUCUGGUGCAAAUGACUCUGCUAUCUUCUCCUUUGCAUGUUGGUUGUUUCGAGAUCUUCGGGGUAUUUUUCUCUUGACUUGUCUUCCGAUGAUUCUGGAAGAUAUUCCUUCGACAUUGUUUUUCCAGUUUCAAACGAGUCUUUGACCUCGUUCCUUUUGUUCGAGCUCGAGAUCAUCUCUGAGCAUCAGUCUUCGAUGAGGCCGAGCCCUAAGUCUUUCUUUAACAUGGGCCGGCAUAUGUUUUCGCUAGAUCAUGUCGAAGUUUGGGUCCAACAUUUUUGUGAGAGAUAAGGUCCAAAAGGGUGAGGUUUGAGUUGUACAUAUACCUUCCACAUCGCAAUAUGCAGACAUAUUCACUAAAGGUUUACCGUCUUCUUUGUUCAUCGACUUUCACUCCAGUCUAGACGUGUUAGAUCCCCGCGCUCCAACUGCAAGAGGGUGUUAGAGCACCAUUAUCGCGGGCUCUUAAAGCCCGUAUUCAAUGUAUUCAGAUUUAAAAAAAAAGAAAAAUUGGCUAAUUAAAGAGGAGACGUCGCUUAAUUAAGCCACACAAGAGACGGGUUUUGUGAACACGUGUCAUUAUCUCAUCCCUCUCUCUCUCUACCAAAGCAUUCUCUCUCUUUCUUUCGUGUCUCCUCGGCGACUCCGACUCCAUCUGCUGAUCUCUCCUCCACGAUGACCUAUCAGCGACGACUCCGACUCCAUCAACCGGCGACUCUGACGAUGACCUCUCCGCGAUGACUCCGGCGCCAUCAGCCGACUCAGAGACUCACUUCUCGUCAACCUCACGUUUUCCUCCGCCGCCGCGUCUUCUUCGCACACAGACUAGAGAAGAAGGAAACAAAGGUGGAGAAGAAGAAAAAGUACACAGUUUGAGAUGGAGUUUCGAAAGAGAGAUCCGGAUCAGAUAUGAGUUUGGGAGAUCACAUAUGGAGUUUCUAUUAAUAGAGGACGUGGCAGGGAAGCCAUAGAAACUGACGUCUCUGUCAUUGGAGUAAUGACUUCGUUGUGGUGUGCCUUGCUUCCUACGCAAGCAUCAGAAGUAGCAGCUCAAAUCUGGGAGGUUCAACUGUUCUGUUGCAGCAAAUUCAAGAGAGCGUGGGAGGUUCAUUUGUAUGCUGAUCUGACUGAAACUUUGUACAGAUGUAGGGGACACUGCAGACUCAGAGUUCAACGGUGUGAUCGAAAAGUGGACGGUCAGUUUAUUAGUUAUUCAUGUAUUUCUGAACCGGUUUGGUACAUUGUGAAACAGAGUGGUAUGUUGAUGGAUCGUCUUGUUUGGUUGGGAAAAUGAGCUCGGACUGAGCUCAUAUUUGGCAGGAACCUUAUGGACUCGUGGAUAUAUGUUCAACUAUAAGGAGAGAGGGUCUGGAGUUCGGGAACAUGGAAAACGAGCGGUACAACGGAUCUGUCCAAAGUUGAGAAAAUGAAAACUUGUUGUCAAGUGGCUAAGGUGAGGGAUUUAUGGGAGCAUAGUUCAUAUUUUUCUGUUAUACUACAUGAGUUAUAAUAUGUAGGCUUAGAUCUGAUUGUUAGUUAGAAAUUCUAUGAUUAUAUGGUGAAGGUUGCAAAGUGUGUUACACUUAAUAAGGUUAACUUUACUUGCUAUCUCCUUGGACUUGUUAUUAGUGAAAUUGUUAUAAGGAACAUUGUUUUGAAGAUGGUUAAACUUUCUUAUUUGCUUGUCCA